UACAGCUUGGAUAUAAAUAGUUUACAGUAAAUUCUCAUCACAUAAAACAAAGAUGUAUGUAACCUUCAACUCGUAUUAAUCAUCUUACGUGUUUCAGGCCGAGAUGGCGCUAGCAACAGCGCCCGUUCUUCUGGCGAUUGUACUCUGCUACUUACAAGGAGCAUGGUCGACAGAGCCGAAGAUGUUUCCGGGUGCUAUGCCUGGGAUGGGUGUUGGAAUGAAUCCCAUGGGAGGCAAAAUUGCAGUGAAGAACGCUAUCAGGACCAAAAUACAGACGCUGUCUAAACAGCUAGCUAGUAUGGAGAGAAUGCACAGCCCAAUGAUUGGAAACCCAUUCAUGAAUAAGAAACCAAUCAUUCCACCCAAAAAUCCUUUCUUUCCAAAGAAGCCGAUCCUUCCAAAGAAGCCAAUGAUUCCACCCAAGAAGCCAAUGUUCCCAAAGAAGCCGAUCUUUCCGAAGCAGCCAAUGAUUCCACCCAAAAAGCCAAUGUUUCCUAAGAGACCGAUCUUUCCGAAGAAGCCAAUUAUUCCACCCAAGAAGCCAAUGUUUCCAAAGAAGCCGAUCUUUCCAAAGAAGCCUAUAAUCCCACCCAAAAAGCCAAUGUUCCCAAAGAAGCCGAUCUUUCCGAAGAAGCCAAUUAUUCCACCCAGGAAGCCAAUGUUUCCUAAGAGGCCAAUCUUCCCAAAGAAGCCUAUAAUCCCACCCAAAAAGCCAAUGUUCCCAAAGAGGCCGAUCUUUCCGAAAAAGCCAAUUAUUCCACCCAAGAAGCCAAUGUUUCCUAAGAAGCCGAUCUUCCCAAAGAAGCCAAUUAUUCCACCCAAGAAGCCAAUGUUUCCCAAGAAGCCGAUCUUUCCCAAGAAGCCUAUAAUCCCACCCAAGAAGCCAAUGUUCCCAAAGAGGCCGAUCUUUCCAAAGAAGCCAAUUAUUCCACCAAAGAAGCCAAUGUUUCCAAAGAAGCCGAUCUUUCCGAAGAAACCUAUAAUCCCACCCAAGAAGCCAAUGUUUCCAAAGAGGCCGAUCUUUCCAGGGAACCCAAUGAUUCACCCUAAAAAGCCGAUAUUUCCACAGAAGAAACCGUUUAUUCCCAAGAAGCCGUUUAUACCACGAAAGAAACCUUUCAUCCCAAAGAAGCCGUUUAUGCCUCAAAAGAAGUCGUUCAUUCCACCGAAACCGUUCAUUCCACGAAAGAAACCAUUCAUUCCCAUGAAUCCGUUUAUACCGCAAAAGAAACAGAUCAUUCCCAACAAGCCUUUCAUUCCUAAGAAAACAUCGUUUAUGCCGAAGAAACCAUUUUUUCCAAAUGGCCUUACUGGGACGGGUAUUGUCGGACAAAAAGGACCUAUUUAUAACUCAGGGAUUAAGCCAAACAAAUUCAUGAAGCCUAAACAAAUUAUUGCCAAAAACCCAUUUAAAGGAAAACCAAAGUUUAUGCCAAACAAAAUUGGAGAUUCAAUAUUUGGGUAAUUGAAUUUAUACAGCUACACUUUACAACAUUUGUACCAUUAGUUUAGUUUUAGAGGAUAGUAUUGAACUGUCGUCAUUAAAGUUGAUUUUGUUUGUUUGUAACGUUAACAGGACCAUAUGAGGAUGAUAUGCUUUUGAAGGAACCGUAUUCCUUUCAGAAAUGCUCGACAACUUGUGUUAUACACAGAUGUCGGAUUCUGUGAUCAUGCAGCUUGAAAUAAUGUCACGAAAAACCCUUAGGUAGCUCACACUUACACUUGUAUUUCAUUGAAUACGAAAAAUGUUUUGCCAAAUCAAUUAAAACAUAUUUGAUUAAACAAAUAUGUUUCCGUAUAUUUUCUGUUUAUUGACAUUAUAUAGUUUAAUAAAGUUGUGCUGAGAAAA